UCUUUCUCACUAUCCCCAACAAUCACGCAAGGGUCGGCCAACUCAGGUUGGCACGUCUUUGUUUUUGUUCUCCAUAGCUCACCUAGCUAUAUCAAAUCCCUCCAUUAUUGUUCUCCAUAUCUUACUCUCAUUACCAUCUAAUUAAUUUCCUCUAUAUGGUCUCUAUAUAUAUACAACAUUUUGGUCUCACACUCGCUUACUCACUCAUUCAUGGCUUCAAUUCUUGACUCCACUUCCAUUGUAUCACUUGUACUGCUAGUGACACUAGCCAUUUUUGCUAAUUCAGCAUGUUCAACAUCCAGGGGAGUACUGGAGCACCAAAAGCUGCAUGAUAUCGGGUUUCGGGUUACCCUCCAACACGUCGAUUCGGGCAAGAACUUGACCAAGUUUGAGAGGAUUCAACAUGGGAUGAAGAGGGGACUACACAGGCUACAAAAGCUGAAUGCAAUGGUUUUGGAUGCCAGUACUGCAGAUGCAUCACAAAUUUCAAGUCCAAUUCUUGCUGGCAAUGGUGAGUUCUUGAUGCAAUUGUCGAUUGGGACGCCACCGGAGGCUUACUCUGCGAUUAUUGACACUGGCAGUGACUUGAUCUGGACUCAAUGUAAGCCUUGCACUCAAUGUUACAGUCAACCUACACCAAUUUUCGACCCGAAAGAGUCGUCCAGUUUCUCCAAAUUGUCAUGCUCAAGUGAAUUGUGUAAAGCAUUGCCUCAACCAGCAUGUAAAGAUGGGUGUGAAUAUUUAUACUCAUAUGGUGAUUACUCUUCUACACAGGGGAUUCUGGCCUCUGAGACAUUCAAAUUUGGUGAUGUUUCUGUCCCAAAAGUUGGAUUUGGUUGUGGAGAUGAAAAUGUAGGAGAUGGGUUCACACAGGCAGCUGGUCUUGUCGGUCUCGGUCGCGGAAAAUUAUCGCUUGUUUCUCAGCUUAAGGAGCCUAAGUUCUCUUACUGCUUAACCUCCAUUGAAGACACCCAAACAGGCUCACUCUUGAUGGGGUCACUAGCAAGCUUGAAUAGCACAGCAAGUGAAGUCAAGACAACACCUUUGAUUACAAACCCAUCACAGCCAUCCUUUUAUUACCUUUCACUUGAAGGAAUCACAGUUGGUGACACUAAGUUAUCCAUCAAGAAAUCCACUUUUGCACUCCAAGAUGAUGGGUCUGGUGGCCUAAUCAUCGACUCUGGCACAACAAUCACUUACUUAGAGGAGAGUGGUUUUGAUUUGGUAAAAAAGGAGUUCACAAAUCAAAUAGACCUCCCUCUUGACCGGACCGGCUCGACCGGGCUCGAUCUCUGCUUCAUCUUGCCAAAAGGAGCAGAUGAAGUGAAGGUGCCCAAAUUGAUAUUCCAUUUUGAUCGAGCAGAUUUGGAUUUGCCAGGAGAGAAUUACAUGAUUGCAGAUUCAAGUAGUGGAGUGCUGUGCUUGGCCAUGGGUGCUUCAAAUGGUAUGUCCAUUUUUGGCAAUAUUCAGCAGCAAAAUUUGUUGGUGCACCAUGACCUUGAGAAGCAGACGCUGUCAUUUGUUCCUACACAGUGUGAUCAAUUGUGAGAGUGCAAUAUAGAGUGAUUUACAUCUAUAUAUAUAUACACAUAUAUGUUCUUAAUUGUGUGGUUAUGACGGUUUCUUAGAUCAAUCUCUUAAUAAAAUGAAAAUUUAAAUUAUAUAACAUUAUUAAUCAA